AUUACUCCUUCCUGGAAAUCAUUGUAAUCCACACUAAGAUAAAGUUUUUUUCUCUCAUGUAAUCAUCUUUUCCAACGUCCCCCUAAAUUCCCUAUUUUCCUUCCUCUCGAGCCCCGUUUCCCCUUCAUCGUGACAUCCAGGAAACACAUCCGGUGCCAAUGGGAUCGGCUAGAUUAGCCGAUGAGGUCAUCAGAUUAAACCGCGAGGAUCACAAGCGGACGAAGCACGACACCGACUUCUCCAAAUGGAAGAUUCUUAUCGGUCCUCAUGACUGGGAAGACCAUUCAAUGGGGAAAGAAGGAGUGACCAGAUACAGGGUUGAAAGUCUUCCUAAAUUUUCAAGCUCAGGACUUUAUGAACUCGCCAUAUACCGUACAAAUUCCUCCACCAGGGACCACCGUGGCCAGCUUGACCCAGACAAGGCCUUGGUAGUCUAUCUCGGGGAAGCUGACAAUGUUAAGACACGACUCCAACAAUAUGGCCGCGCAGGUGCUCAUCUUUGCGGAAAUGGGUCUGCUGAUAAAGUAUGCGGACGCUUUGAGGACAUUUUUGCAAGAGGCUACUCCAUUGCUUACAGAUGGGCUCCCAAGGAAAACAAGGCUGAUGCUAGGAGAACCGAAGCUCAGCUUCUUAAUACCUAUGAUUAUGCAUGGAAUAAAGGUUCUAAUGGUGUGCGUCGUCACAAUGAUAUCCUUCAGAAACUAGAUAAACGUGCAUCCACCAAUUUCUCCAGAAAGAAUCUGCCCUUACUCCAGAAGCAGGUAGGCAUCAAAAUCAAAUCAAGCAAGCUUCUUUCGGAUGAUAAUGAAUUCAGCAAGCAUACUCAUGGAGAGAGCCACAACUUUCUGCCUCUAGCUUUCAAGUUCAGCAGAUCCCAGCCUCGGUUAGUGUCGGAUCAUGGUGGAUCAGAUAAGAAUGAUACCAUCACUUGUGGGGUAGUUUUAGAAGAUGGUUCCAUUUGUGGAAGGACACCGGCUAAAGGAAAAAAACAGUGUGCGGAACACAUGGGCAAGAAAACUAAAGAGUCCUCCAUUUGUGGAGCACUCACGGGAAAAGGUACUCCCUGCAACAGAACAGUUAAUGAAAAUGGAAGGUGUUGGCAACACUUAAAUUAUAGUGUCAGCAGCAGCAGCGGUAGCAGUUUUACUCGGCACUCGAACUAUGGUGAUUCAUAUACAUCCAUUUGUGGAGUACCCACGGGCAAAGGUACUCCCUGCAACAGAACAGUUAAUGGAAAUGGAAGGUGUUGGCAACACUUAAAUUAUGGUGUCAGCAGCAGCAGCGGUAGCAGUUCUACUCGGCACUAUGGUGGUUCAUAUACAUCCAUUUGUGGAGCACCCACGGGCAAUGGUACUCCCUGCAGCAGAACAGUUCAUGGAAAUGGAAUGUGUUGGCAACACUUAAAUUAUAGUGUCAGCAGCAGCAGAGGUAGCAGUUUUACUCGGCACUCAAACUAUGGUGGUUCAUAUACAUCCAUUUGUGGAGCACCCACGCGCAAAGGUACUCCCUGCAUGAGAACAGUUAAUGGAAACGGAAGGUGUUGGCAACACUGAUCUGGUUGGUCCAAGCAUUGGUUGUCCUAGGUUAUCCAUUUCAUCUGAUCUGUGAGUGAACCAAAGGAUUAACAAUAAUAUGAUUUAUCUAUUCACUUUCUGUUGGAUUAUGUAUUGUUUUAUGAGGAUUUGGAUUAUGUAUUGUUUUAUGAGGAUGCUAUCUAAAUGUUGUGAAUCUCAUGUAUUUUCUGUAAAUGUACAAGUAUAAGUUAUUUAUCUAUCUAUAGUCGGUGAAUUUUUUCUUUAAAUCUUGACCAUUGAUCUUGAAAUUUACAUACACAGUUCA